GCACAGUAAGGCAGAGCCUGCACUCCAGCUUAGCGUUCAGUUAGGCACAGACGCCCCAGCUCCUCUCCUCUCCUCGGUUUUCAUUUGGACGUUUUGUUGGUGCAGCCUAACAGCAAAUAACCAGCCAUGGAUGCCAUCAAGAAGAAGAUGCAGAUGCUCAAGCUCGACAAGGAGAAUGCCUUGGACAGAGCUGAGCAGGCUGAGUCAGACAAGAAAGCCGCAGAGGACAGAAGCAAACAGUUAGACGACGAAAUAAGAGAGUUGGAAAAGAAAUUGCGCGUUACUGAAGACGAAAGAGAUAAAGUGUUUGAGGAGUUCCAAACUGCUGAGGAAAAGCUGCUGACUGCUGAGGAAGUCGCCACCAAGCUUGAGGACGAUCUGGUAGCUCUGCAGAAGAAGCUGAAGGGAACUGAGGAUGAGUUGGACAAGUACUCCGAGGCUCUUAAAGACGCCCAGGAGAAACUUGAGCUGGCUGAGAAGAAAGCCACCGAUGCUGAGGGAGAUGUCGCUUCCCUUAACAGACGUAUCCAGCUGGUUGAGGAGGAGUUGGAUCGUGCUCAGGAGCGUCUGGCGACAGCCCUGACCAAGCUGGAGGAGGCUGAGAAGGCUGCUGAUGAGAGCGAGAGAGGCAUGAAGGUCAUUGAGAACAGGGCCAUGAAGGACGAGGAGAAGAUGGAGCUGCAGGAGAUCCAGCUGAAAGAGGCCAAGCACAUCGCUGAGGAGGCUGACCGCAAAUAUGAGGAGGUGGCCCGUAAGCUGGUCAUCAUUGAGGGUGACCUGGAGCGUACAGAGGAGCGUGCUGAGCUGUCAGAAAGCAAAUGCUCUGAGCUUGAGGAAGAGUUGAAAACUGUGACCAACAACCUGAAGUCACUGGAGGCCCAGGCUGAGAAGUACUCACAGAAGGAGGACAAGUACGAGGAGGAGAUCAAGGUCCUCACCGACAAGCUGAAGGAGGCUGAGACUCGUGCUGAGUUCGCUGAGAGAUCAGUAGCCAAGCUUGAGAAGACCAUUGAUGACCUGGAAGAGAAACUGUCACAUGCUAAAGAAGAGAACCUCGAUAUGCACCAGAUGCUGGACCAGACUCUAAUGGAACUGAAUAAUUUGUGAAAGCACGGUCUGACCCCACACGCACUGUGGUUUUGGCUUUUUGUUCUUGCACCUUGCUUACCAUAAACCCUCUUCUCGUACCUUGCCAAUGGUGGAGAUCAAACAGCCAGAUGCUUUUCCUAUUGCACCGUCCUGCCUUCAGCGGAACUCGACCAAGGAGCAAAGCUAAGGGGAAGUGAAGCUUAACCAUUCCCUUUUAUAAAGCCUAAACUGAGAAACAAGAUUGUUUUCGCAAGCCAGUUUUUAUCUUGAAACAUUGUCUGCCUUUUGCAAUCUUUGACAUAGUUUUUUUUUUUUUUUUGACAAGUCAUCCAGUGAAAUGACAUGUGCCAUUGGUUACAAACCAUUCCGUUCCACCUUGAUUAUGCACAUACCAAAGGACAAAGUGGAGAAAUUUUGCAUUUAGUUAAACCUCAACAUUAUGCACCUUUUGCAGUCUGUAAGACAAACUAUGUUUAAAAAAAGAAAGAAAAUUUCCGCACAAGUGUAAGUAUACAAUGACUAUGCCUGUCAGUGUGUAUACUGGUGCUACUGUUUUGUUAAGAAUGACUGAAAAUGCUAAUGCAUUACAGAAUAUUCUUAGUUUUCAAAAUUUGUUCAUCUUGUCCAUGAAGUAUGAUUUCAGUCAUCUGGUUGUGCAUUGUUUUAGCAUUGUAUUAAUGUAGAUGUUUCAAGUGUUUAUUAUAUCGGGAAAUGUACAAAAUAUGAAUAUAAAUAAAAGCACGUUUUGAAAGUUUU